GCGGUCACACUAAAGUGGAAAUUCGGUUCAAUUUUUGGGGAUUUCAUGGAAAAUCUCAUUGCUUAUUUCUAUUUCUUGGUUAAUCGUUUGAAUUGCGUUGCUGAAAGGCCAAUAGCCAGCGGAAAAUGGUCUACGUGAACCUACUAAUAGGCUUGGGCAUAGCGACCGUUGUCGCUUUCGCCUACUUCAACUGGAAUACGCCUUCCUCCAGACGCAUGCUAUUAAAUGAUCGUCGAAUUGAGAGGUCGCCGGAGGACUUGUGUACGAUUUGUUUAGAUCCACUAAGUGGUCUAACAGUCUCCCUGCGCUGCAAACACGCCUUGCAUAAGAAAUGCUUCUACCAAUACCUGGUUAAUGGGGGCCGCCAGUGCCCGGUCUGCAGAAGGAAAAUCGACGUGUAGGUAUCCCCAAGGGACACACAAACUUAUAUCAGCAUAAACGUGCACUAAAUGCAAUGCUCAACGAAUUUUGUAUAAAAAAUUAAGUCGAGAGAAAACAAGCCUGAUGUAGAUUAAAGUUCUGGAAUGAAAGAAAAGUAUCGGGAUAGAUAUAGGUAUAUGAUUUUUCCAAGAAAUAAUACAUUUUUAUAUUUUUGUCUUGAUUGUUCCUAUCCUUUAGUCAGUGUGUACACAUAAAGCAUAUGCACGUAGUAAACAGACAACAGCUGAUGUGCUUCUUCUUUGUCUCGUUUGCCAUUCUCAUGAAUGGAAUACAUAACAAUAAAGUUGAGUUUUUAAAAACCUU